AUGUCCGUCAUGGAGAAGCCUAUUAUAACGCCACUGCUUGCAAAAGGCACUAACAAGACGGACGGAAAACAAUUUACCAGGAUUUCUUUUAUUCCAGACCUGUCAAAAUUCAAAUGUAAUGAAAAAUCAAUAGACCAAGGCCACCUGUCUCUUUUUUACAGACGCGUAUUCGACUUGGCGGGAACUGUAAAAGGAAUUUCGGUUUUCUUAAAUGGGAAGAAAAUUCCCAUUUCAUCGUUUUCAUCUUACGCUCGUAUGUAUGUUSAGUCAUGUGCCUUUGGGAGAGGCGAGCCCAUUGAAUCGCCUUUGCCCUUGUUUCAUAUUACCGUUAAUGAUCGAUGGGAUGUUGCGGUAGCCUCAUCUGAAGAACAGUUUCAACAGGUUUCUUUUGUAAAUUCUAUUCAUACAUCUAAAGGUGGAACUCAUGUUUCGCUAAUAACUGACCAACUUGUUUCGGCAAUCAGCGAUGCUCUUGUAAAAAAAAACAAAGGAAUGUCCAUCAAACCAUUCCAAGUCAAAUCUCGCUUAUGGGUCUUUGUAAAUUGUCUGAUCGAAAAUCCUACCUUUGAUUCUCAAACAAAAGAGACCCUUACGCUUCGGGCAGCGGCUUUUGGAUCAGAGUGCCAGCUGCCUGCUUCUUUUCUAACAAAGAUAAUUAACAACUCUGGAAUUGUAGCAAUGUUGCAAGCCGAAUUCCUUGCAGCAGCAAAAGCUAAGGAAGACAAAGAGUUAAAGAAAACUGACGGACGCAAGAGUGCUCGUCUUUCUGGGAUACCAAAACUGGAUGAUGCCAAUUUUGCUGGAACAAAAAGCGCCUCAAAAUGUACUCUCAUUUUGACUGAAGGAGAUUCUGCAAAGGCCCUGGCAGUUUCUGGCCUCUCCGUAGUUGGAAGGGAUUAUUUUGGAGUUUAUCCGCUUCGUGGGAAACUUUUGAAUGUGCGCGAUGCCAACGAAAACGUCGAGAUUUCUGCAAUCAAACAGAUUUUAGGAUUGCAACAUGGCCGUGUAUAUGCAAAUAAUGAUGCUCUUAGAUACGGCAGAAUUAUGCUAAUGACGGAUCAAGAUCACGAUGGCUCUCACAUUAAGGGGCUACUUAUUAACUUUAUUGAUUUUUUCUGGCCAUCUCUACUGAAAUUACCUAGCGGAUUUCUUACGGCGUUCAUUACGCCGAUAGUUGUGGUCACCCCGAAAAAUAGAAACUCUCGCCCAAAUAGACAAAUCUCGGGAGUGGGCAUUGGGGCUCGAAUUGAUUCCACCACUGGGGCAAUCUCUUUUUAUACGAUUCCAGAAUAUGAGAAUUGGAAAACCAUUCAAACCACCCACAGCUUAUCGUUAUUUCUGAUCAAAUAUUACAAAGGUUUGGGAACCUCUACCUCAGCAGAUGCCAAGAAAUAUUUUUCUUCAAUGAAUUUACAUGCCAAGCCCUUUGUCUCCAUGACUAAAGCCGAUGCUAGGAAAGAGUGGCUUCAUGCCUUUGUCCCUGGAACAUUUUUGGAUUGUUCGACUCCUCAAUUUACGAUUGAGGAUUUUGUGCAGCGUGAAUUGAUUUUAUUUUCCAUGGCCGAUAAUGUCAGGUCCAUUCCAAGUGUAAUUGAUGGCCUCAAGCCAGGACUGAGGAAGAUUCUUUUUUCUUGCUUCAAGCGAAAGCUAAAGCAAGAAAUCAAAGUUGCCCAAUUAGCUGGCUAUGUUAGCGAGCAUGCGGCUUAUCACCACGGAGAGGCAUCUUUAUGUGCUUCCAUUAUUGGCUUGGCCCAAGACUAUACGGGCUCAAAUAACAUUCCCUUGCUUGUCCCUUCUGGCCAGUUUGGUACUCGCCUUCAAGGAGGAAAGGAUGCUGCCUCUCCUCGUUACAUCUUUACCUGCUUGUCCGAAAUUUCACGACUUAUUUUCAUGGAAAGCGACGAUGACCUUUUGGUGUAUUUAAACGAUGACGGACAAUCUAUUGAACCUGAAUGGUACAUGCCCAUUAUCCCAAUGCUGCUUGUAAAUGGAAGCGAAGGCAUUGGAACGGGAUGGUCAACAUUUAUCCCGCCCUUUAGCCCCUUGGAAGUAAUUGAAAACGUGCUCAGAAAAAUUGAAGAAAAGCCUUUGGUAGAAAUGCACCCGUGGUAUAGAUGCUUUUCUGGGUCAAUUCUUUGUUCAGAAUCGAUGGGCUAUAAAAUUUAUGGCAAGGCGAAUCUUCGAUACGUUUGUACCGAUUGGGUUUUAAACAUCACGGAGCUUCCCGUCGGUGUGUGGACACAGAAUUACAAGGAAUUUCUUGAAUCUUUGAUAGAAAGAUCGCCUGCCUUGGUAAAAGAGUUCACUGAACACCACACGGACACGUGCGUUUCGUUUUCCAUCAAGCUUGGUGAGGCUGCAAUUGAGUCUGCCGAGGCAAUUCUGGAUCCCCACUUGGUCCCCUCCACCAAUAUCGCUACGGAGUCGUUUUUAAAGCUGUUCAAGUUAUCGUCUUCGAUUUCUCUUACAAAUAUGGUCGCUUUUGACGCUGGCGGCCAUUUGAAGAGAUAUGGUUCCGCUCUAGAGAUCCUAGAGGACUGGUACCUGGUUAGGUUAAAUGGCUACCAUCGAAGAAAAGAGAAUCUAGUCUCGCACUUGUCGAGAGAAUGGAAGCGCUUGGACGCAAAAAUGCGAUUUAUUAGUGAGAUUUUACAGGGCACUUUGGUUAUUGCGAGGAAAUCCAAAGCUGAUCUUGUACGUGAAUUAUCUGAAAAAGGAUAUGAGGAGGAUGAAAAUGGAGGCGGAUAUGACUAUUUACUUGGAAUGCCAUUAUGGUCUCUUACCGCAGAACGCAUUUUACAGCUUGAAAAUGAAAGAAAAGAAAAAGAGGACGAGCUAAAGUUGUUGCUGUCCAAAACUCCCUGCGAUCUGUGGAAAACGGACUUGAUGACGCUGAAAAAAUUUGUCUCCAGUUCUGAGUAUUAUUCAGAUCACAUAGGCGUUCGGGCUGAUGUCGCUUCCCAACAAAUUGCCUAUACGGAAGGAGAAAAGCCCAUGAAAAUUAUCAAACUCGAGCAAAAAGAGGACCCUUUGAGAGAGUCCAAAGAGCCUAAAGAAACUGAAAAAAAGCCAAUCCCAAGGAACGCUAAAACCUCAGCCCAUAAAAAGACGAGCAAGCCUAUGCAAGCUAAAGAGAGCAAAUCAAUGCAGGCCAAAAAGACAAAAUCCUUGGAGCUAAAUAGAGCUAUUGGAAUGGUGUCAUCCUCAGAAUCAAAUCCUCCAACCGAACUCACGGCCUCAGCUUCCGAUCCAAGUAUCACGAAUCAAGUCCCAUCUCCACGGACAAAUAACAAUUCACUCUUAGAUCGUAUUCAGACCAUGCUAUCAUCAUCAAACAUUAGUUCCGCUCAGGCCACAUUGUCAUCGCCAGGUAUAAAUUUAGCGGUUAAUCAGAGUCAACAUGCAGCAACUAAUGUAUUGCCCAAGACGCAAAGGAAACCUGCUAAAAAAAGUGGCUCUAAUUCUCGUGAUGCUGGUAAAUCCCAGCUUACUCUUGAUAUUUCUCCUGUAAUAAGGAAACCAUCUAGUGCAAAAAAUAUACUAAGACGCGGAAUCAUCAAAGAUGAUUCUUCUGAAAACGAAAGCAUAGCAUCAACCGAUGGUGAGGAUCCGUUCCAUGGUAGCACCGAAAAUUAA